AUGAAGAUCCCCGGCAUCACCACCGCUGCCGCCACCGUCAUCGCCCUGGCCAUACUCGGCAACGGCCUCACGGUGCCGAAAGCGUCGACCGAAGCGUCGGCGGUCACCUUUGCAACAAUCACGGAGCCAGCAACUUCAAAUUUGACAACCACGGAGCUGGAGACCAUGGACGAGCUUACGGCGCGCGGGCUACCUCGGGCCGACAGGAGGAAAAAAAAGGGCGGACGGAAACGGAAGCUUGGAAGAAGACCCAAAUGCACCCCAAAGCAAUGCGAGCGUGAUUGCGAUCCCUUAGUCGUGAUACCCACUCUGGGCAUAAGCUGUGGUAAGUUGAACCUCCCCGCCGCCGAUGUCUUUUUUCUCGGCCUUCUUAUAGAAUAG